AUGCUAGUGACGCAGUUCCGUAAUGCGUCUCUGAGCACGGACGGCGUCGGACGGUCAACCACCGCAUUGGACGAGCGGCCAGAGGUCGAUGUGGUGACCUCGGGACCGGAUCAGCUGAACGCUGUCCGGCAACAGCGCACGGCUGACGGUAACCGGAACCGCCAGCGGCGCACGGUCCGCUGCUACCGCUGCGGCCGCGACUGGCUGCGGGCUCUGGACAUCAGUGUGGGCGGCGGAGAGACGGCGGUGAUGGACGUCACUCCGGACCGAGGGACGGCGGAUCUGGAGGCGGUCUGUAACAGGCACAAGUCGGUGUUUGACGGCACACCGGGGCGCAUCAGUGGAGUAAAGGCGCACCUGACACUGAAACCGGAUGCACGGCCGGUGUCACGGCCGGUGCGCUCGCCUCCAUAUGCACUGAAACCGGCCGUCGAGCAGGAGCUCGACCGCUGGGUGCAGGCCGGGAUCGCGGAAAAAGUCGGUCCAAACGACGCGCCCGGCUGGGGAACACCACUGGUGACGGUGCCACGGGCUGAUGGCGGUGUGCGUCUGUGCGGUGAUUAUCGACUGACGGUAAACCCGCAGCUGCAAAUGGCGACGCAUCCUACGCCAUCCGCCGAGGACAUCUUUGCGAGCGUCCGAGGACGGCGGUUCUGCAAACUGGACCUGAAAGACGCCUUCCUGCAGCUGGAGCUCGCGGAGGAAUCGCGAGAUAUGACAACAGUCGUCACGCACCGAGGACGGUAUCGGAUGAAAUCUCUACCGUUCGGCAUAUCGGCGUGCAGUUCGGUGUUUCAGGCAGCAAUCGAUCACAUCCUGGAUGGCUUAGACGGGUGUGUGGCCUAUCAAGACGAUCUGCUGGUGACGGCGGCGAACAUGACGGACCUGUGCGAGCGCUUGGAUGAAGUGCUAACUCGGCUGGAAGCUCAUGGAGUGAAGCUGAAACGGGAGAAGUGUCAACUUGGACUUGACGAGGUGCAGUACCUCGGCUGGCGCAUCUCAGCACAGGGGCUGCGUCCAGUACAGGAGAAAGUUGACGCAGUGAUCGACAUGCCGGACCCUAAGGAUGUGAAAAGUCUGCGCAGCAUCUUGGGGAGCAUCAACUACUACCAGCGGGUGCUUCCCAACCUCUCCACGGAACUAGCGCCGCUGUACGAUCUCUUACAGAAGGGCGCCACGUGGAAAUGGACUAAUGUGCACAAAAACGCACUGGUCAGAGUGCGAAAACUGCUGGCAGGGGACACAGUCCUAAAGCGGUACGAUGCAGAGGCGCCGCUCAAGCUCGUCACAGAUAGCAGUGAAGUCGGCGUGGGAGCCGUGCUUCUGCAGCCUGACGAGGAAGGACUGGAGCGUCCGGUGAUGUACGCCUCUCGGACACUCACAAAAACGGAGAGGAAGUAUCCGAUGGUAGAGAAGGAGGCGCUGGCGGUGUCUUUCGCCGUCAAGCGUUUCGGUCAGUUUCUCUACGGCCGGAGGUGGACCCUGGUCACGGACAACAGGGCGCUGUCGCGCAUCUUGAGUCCGGAGCGCGAGCUGCCAACGCUGGCGGCGGCCAGGCUCCAGCGGUAUGCGCUGCAGCUCGCGGCUUUCACCUAUGAUGUGGAGCUACGUCCAUCAGAAGACAUGCACCUGGCGGACAGUCUGUCUCGUAUGGCAGUGCCAGGCGGAGAGGUCGAGCCAGCGGACGCUGAGGACGACACCAGCGGCGGCUCGUAUCUGCUGUUCAUGGACGGAGUAGCUUCGGUUCUGACGGCCACACAACUCGCGGCGGCGACACGCCGCGAUCGGGUACUGUCGCGCGUCCUGACGUACGUGCACAGUGGGUGGCCCGGACAGGUGGAGCAGGAGCUGGCCCCGUUCCGUCAGAGGCGGGAUGAGCUCUCCACGGACCUGGGAUGUCUGCUCUGGGGUGGCAGGACGGUGGUUCCCCACUGCCUUCGGCAACAGGUGCUGGCAGAGCUGCACCAAGGUCACCUGGGCAGCGCCAAAAUGAAAGGUGUGGCGCGCCGAUACGUAUGGUGGCCUGGUAUGGACGCCGAGCUGGAGGCCCUGGCGCGUGACUGCGCGGCUUGCAUGGAAAAGCGCGGGGCACCACCGCGUGCUGAACUUCACCCUUGGGAACCGACGGACAGCUGCUGGUUCAGGGUUCACAUCGACUUCGCUGGACCCUUCCAGGGCUCUUUCUUUCUGAUAGUGUAUGACAGCUACUCGCGCUGGGUGGAGGCAGUGCCGAUGCGUGAGACCAGCACGGAAAGCACGGUGCGUGUUCUGCGCGAAAUGUUCGCCAGGUUUGGAUUGCCGGUCCAGGUGCGCGAGGAAAAACUUCGCCAGUGGCAGGCCGGUAGGCCAGGUCACAACAGGCAGUUCUCGAUCGGAGACCACGUCUGGACACGGGCCUACGGUGGACCGUCCAAGUGGCGGCGGGGCGUCAUCACCGCCCGAACGGGCCCGCUGUCGUUCGAAGUGGACGUGGGGAGCGCGAUCUGGUCGCGGCACGCCGACCAGCUGCGUCUGGCGGGCACCCAACAGGCUGCUGCAGCGUCCGAUGGCGUGGAGGAAAUCAGCCGGCAGCCGACGGUGGCAGCACCGAACCGUAACGGACAGGUUCCGGUGGCCCCCACAGGGAUUGGCGAACCACCGGUGAUCAUCAGACCGGGGGUCAUCGUCGGGCAGCGGAAGCAGCCGCGUCGCCUCAUAGCCGAAAUGUGA